AAGGAAGCCCCCGGCAGGAAAGGGGCCGCUAAGAGCGAGCCCCAGAAACCCCACCGCCCCCUGGCCCAGAAGCUGAGGGAGAUGCUGGGCCUGGGCCAGGUGGGGCCGCUCCGGGGCUGGAGACACGGGCUGCAAGACUUUAUUGAAGAAAAAGGAGCCUUCAUCAUGAGAGUAGAUGGCAAGAUAUGGUUCACUUUUAUAUUGGCUGCUUUUGCAGGAGUCUUACACUGGUGUCAUAUUACAACUCUUUUUGAAAAUGACCGUCAUUUUUCUCACCUGUCAACGUUGGAAAGAGAGAUGGCUUUUCGCACUGAAAUGGGUCUUUAUUAUUCCUAUUUCAAGACGAUUGUUGAAGCACCAUCAUUUUGGAAUGGAAUGUGGAUGAUUAUGAACGAUAAACUAACUGAAUAUCCUUUGGUGAUUAACACGUUAAAAAGGUUCAAUCUUUAUCCAGAGGUGGUCCUAGCCAGCUGGUACCGAAUAUAUACCGGGAUAAUGGGUUUUAUUGGUCUUCAAACCAAGACUUGCUGGACUGUAAACAGAGGAGAAGGGCUUAGUCCUGUUGAAAGCUGUGAAGGAUUGGGAGACCCUGCUUCCUUUUAUGUCGCUAUGAUCUUUCUUUUAAAUGGAGUAAUGAUGUCAUUGUUCUUCAUAUAUGGCACAUACCUAAGUGGGAGCCGUCUAGGAGGCCUAGUUACAGUAUUGUGCUACUUUUUCAAUCAUGGAGAGUGCACACGUGUGAUGUGGACUCCACCUCUCCGUGAAAGUUUCUCAUACCCAUUCCUUGUUCUUCAGAUGUUGCUUUUGACCUACAUUCUCAGGACUCCGAAUAUUAAUAGAGGAAGCUUGAUUGCACUGUGUGUUUCUAAUGUCUUUUUCAUGCUUCCCUGGCAGUUUGCUCAGUUUGUCCUUCUGACACAAACAGCCUCGUUAUUUGCUGUGUACAUUGUGGGUUACAUUGACUCGCACAAAUUACAGAAGAUACUUUGUGCACAUCUGGCAUCUCUUGCACUGUGUUUCAUUUUGAUGUUUGGCAACUCAAUGCUAUUGACAUCAUAUUAUGCUGCUUCUUUAGCAGUUAUCUGGGCUAUUCUUGUAUUGAGUCCAAAAUUUCUGAAAAAGGGUAGAAAAGAAGUCAGCUUAUGGGCCAUUGAAGGAAUUGCUUGCGUAUUUGGGACAGUGACCUUGAAAUAUUUGACAUCCCUUAUAUUCAGAGUCACCGAUGAUGCACAUAUAAGUAGCUUGCUAAAAUCAAAAUUUAUUGGCUACAAGGAUUUUGAUACUCUAAUGUACACCUGUGCUGCAGAGUUUGAUUUCAUGGAAAAAGAGACUCCAGUGAGAUACACAAAGACAUUACUACUUCCAGUUAUUGUGAUGGUUUUUGGUGUAAUCAUCAUGAAGGCAGUUAAAUAUAUUGUGUGGAUUUUAUCUCAGAAAGACCUGUAUGAAAGAGAGGAUAAUUUUAACCAUGGUGAGCUGAUAUAUCAUGCAUUGCAGCUAUUGGCAUUUACUGUACUUGGCAUCCUAAUUAUGAGACUGAAACUAUUUCUGACUCCUCACAUGUGCAUUAUGGCUUCUUUGGUUUGUUCAAAACAGUUGUUCGGAUGGCUCUUUGUCAAAAUCCAGCCCAAAAUCCUGGUCUUUGCUAUUUUAGCAAUAAUGGCAAUUGAAGGAUCAGCAAACCUUCAGAAUCAAUGGAACAUCAUGGGAGAAUUUAGUAAUUUACCACAGGAAGAACUUUUAGAAUGGAUAAAAUCCAAUACCAGAGAAGAUGCUGUUUUUGCAGGAGCGAUGCCCACAAUGGCAAGUGUCAAGUUGUCUGCCUUUCGACCUAUUGUAAAUCAUCCCCAUUAUGAAGAUGCAGGGCUGAGGGCAAGAACUAAAUUAGUGUAUUCCAUGUAUAGUCGAAAACCAGCAAAAGAAGUGAAAAAAGAAUUGUUAAAACUAGGAGUGAAUUAUUACAUUUUAGAAGAGUCAUGGUGUAUAAGAAGAACUAAGCCUGGUUGCAGUAUGCCUGAGAUUUGGGAUGUGGAAGACCCUGCCAAUGCUGGCAAAACUCCUUUAUGUAACCUUAUGAGUAAGGACCCUAGGCCGUAUUUCAACACAGUAUUCCAGAACAGUAUUUACAGAGUCUUGAAGGUUACAAGGGAGUAACAUUUCAGUGCAAAGAACUGUCCGUCUUUUUCAACUUUUUAACUGGUAACUGUAUAAAAAUUCUAAAUCAAACACCUUUUAUACUCCGCUUAAAACAAUGAAAUGUGUAUUCUUUAUUUUUUUGUCACUUUAAAGGAAUUUUGACAAUAGAAGUACCAUGAACUGACCGUUUGGAUUUCUAUUACAGGGUCAGUCCCUUGAGGUUUGCUAUGCAAAUGAUUACAUGUUUUCACACACUAAUCAAUACUGAUCCAAACGAGUUACAGUGGCUAUAGAAAAUGAUUACAGUUCUCAAAACCAAUCAGAUUGUGAAACAAUGCUGUCAUUCAGUCUUAGCAAAGCAAGAUUAUUUAAACCAUUGUUGCUAGUAAUUAGGAAUUAACAGAUGGUGCUAUAACAUUUAGCAGCAGACUUCUCAAAUCACCAUCACAGUAUGAUUGCUCCCAGUAUUCCUCUUUCAAUAAUGUGACAUUGAUCCCACAUUUCUGAAGAAGUCAUACAAUUUCAUUAGCCAUUUCUGUGUCUAGGUUGGUUUUAAAAGAAACUGAAGAAAGAUUGCUGAUAGUUUUAUAUCACUUUAAAACAUGUCAUGGCUUUAAGUUUAUCUUUUUAAAUGGAAAUAGUUUUUAAACAAUCUUGAAAUAGCACACUUUAGAUGUGUACUUUGCAUGUGCUUGGAACCAUAACUUCAAUAUUAAUUUUUAAAAUGAUUAAAGCAAUAACAGGAAUAUCUACAACUGUUCAGUAGCUUAGCCUGUGAUUGCCAAAGGAUUUUAACAUUCCAGAACAUUCAAAACAAUUAGACAUGUACAUGUAAAGUUUUAGAAGGAAAAAAUAUUUUAGUCAAAAUCUAUCAUUUAUUUUUGAUUUUAUAUAGCUUUAGAGAGGUAGUAGAAUAAACUCUGCACUGAUUUAAUAGUGCUAGAGCUGCAUCUCAACUCAGUAGGAAAUGCUGCAUCUAGUUCUUAUCACAUUUUCUUUCCCCAUCUAUUAAAGCCUGUUUAAGUAUUCUGUUGUACAUUGGCCAUCUAGCUUCAUUUAACUAAUAUUGGUUUUUCAAAAUAAUUUUUAAAAUUAUUCAGAUAAUACUGAAUACACCUUGUAACAAAAUAAACUUGACUAUAAUAGAUUAGUCAAAAGAUUGUGUAAAUUCAAUCACUAAACCAAAUAUUAAAUAUAGGUUAAUUGAAUUGUCUGACCAUGGACAGUGCAAUUUUCCUUCCUGCUCUCAAGCUUUUCCUUAUUUCUAUCACCAUAUUGUGAAAGGUACAGGACUUAAUUUCACAGAGGAAUUCACUUAUGCUAGAGCAAGGACACCAUACAGACUCUUAACAAACAAGAUAUUAUAAAUUCCAUAUGUUACAGCCACUGGAAAGCAUCACAAGUGAUAUAGAUUUGUAACUUUUGAGACUAUAUCAAUGUUAACUGUUCAGUCAGCAGCCUAAUCACAUGAUUGUGGUCUAGAUGGCUAUACUGGAUGUUUGGCCUUGACUGCAUCAGUAGAUUCUGAAGAAAUAAACUUUUUUUUUUACAUGUGACAGUAGUAACAAAAUGUUGAACAUUGCGAAAACAGUGGAAUAAAAUGAUAUUACUGCUGAUCAGUAUUUUAUGUAUUUGAUUUUUUUAAUUGUUUUUGGUGGGUGGGAUGCAGAUAAAGGUUUGAAAAUAUAUUUUAACUUUGUAUAAACUUUUUGGUAAAGUUUCUAUAAAGAAACUGGAUCACUAAAAAGGGCUUGGGAGUGGAGAUAUAAUGUUUUAAAUGUUGAGUUUCAAGAAAGCAGUAAAAAGCCUACCUUUCUUUAUAAACAUUGUAACUAAAUAGUGUUUUAGCACAAAAAGUUACUGUAUUUUUAUGGGGUUUAUGCCAGUUGUUCACAUGUACUUAUAUGUAGUUAAAUAAAAAAAUUCAUGGAA